CCGAGAGCGCGCAGACCAGAGCCGCGCGGAGGAAGUAGGCAGCCACGGUCACCCUCCAUCUUCGAAACCAUCGUAAAGACUAUUCGCUUGAGGGGGAAACUGACAGAUAAAGGCGCACAGUUUGGAAUAAACUGCUGUAGGGGUGCAUGCAUCAUGAGCGGGCUUAAUGUCAAAAAGCUCAAAGUCAAUGAGCUGAAAGAAGAGCUCCAGCGGCGAGGCCUGGACACUCGCGGGCUGAAGGCGGAUCUGGCGGACAGAUUGCAGGCGGCACUGAAGGCCGAGGCGGCUGGGUCUGCGCCAUCGGACGAGCAGGAACAAGACUAUGAGGCUGGCGGGGAGCCGGGAGAGGGCAGUGAUUAUCAGGAGGAAGAAUUUGCAGCCAGGAAGCAAGAUUAUGGAGAAGAGGCCAAGGCACAGUUUGAUGAUGGAAACAGCACAGACCUCUACCAGGGUGGAUCUGAUGAUCAGGGAACCGAGAGUAACGAAGGCAAUGAGGAUAGCACCGAGACCCCCAUCCCUGGUUUUGGAACAAGUGAUUAUUCAUCAGACACGAUGUCAGGAAAGAUGAAGGAGCAUUACUCCUAUGACCAGGAUGAAUACCAGGAGCCUGGGGCCAAGCAGCCGUACCAUGAGGAACCAGCCAGGCAGCACUAUAAGCAGGAUGAGGUGAAGGAGGAGUAUGAGGAGACUCCUUCACGUGCGGAGCCACAGGGGGAGCAGAAGUUUGACGAGCCAGCAUCACGGCAGAUCCCAGAGGGAGACUCAAGUCAAAGCAGCCAGCAGGAAGAAUCUGAGAGUUAUGAGGUGAAGACUGAGAAUAAGGCCAAUGAGGAUGUUCCAGAGCAGGCUGAGCAGGUCAGUGACUGGGACACACAGGCCAAAUCAGAGGAUGAUAGAUGCUCAUCGUACAGCCGCAAGAGGUCAUAUGAUGAUAGUCGAGGAUAUGGUUACUAUGAACAUCGUGAGGAAAGGAGGGGAAGGUCACCACAGCCCCCAGCUGAAGAAGAAGAGGAAGACAUUGAUGAAAAACUUGUGGUCAUUGACACCUAUAACUGUGACCUGCACUUCAAGGUGGCUCGUGACAGAUACAGCGGAUACCCUCUGACCAUUGAGGGUUUUGCCUUGCUGUGGGCAGGUGCUCGAGCCACUUAUGGUGUUACCAAAGGACGUGUGUGCUUUGAAAUGAAGAUAAAUGAGGAAAUUUCAGUAAAGCACCUUCCUACCACUGAGCCUGACCCUCAUGUGGUGAGAAUCGGAUGGUCACUGGAUUCCUGCAACACUCAACUUGGUGAAGAACCCUUCUCUUUCGGCUAUGGAGGAACUGGCAAGAAAUCCUCCAACUGUAAAUUUGAGGACUAUGGGGAAAAGUUCAGUGAAAAUGAUAUCAUCGGCUGCUGUAUUGACUUUGAGAGCAGUGAAGAAGUAGAAAUGGCGUUCUCCAAGAAUGGCAAGUGUUUGGGCCCAUGUUUCCGUGUCUCUCGAGAGGAACUGGCCGGGCGUGCUCUUUUCCCACACGUGUUGGUGAAGAACUGUGCUGUGGAAUUCAACUUUGGACAGAGAGAGGAGGCCUUUUUCCCUCAGCCGGAGGGCUUCACCUUCAUUCAUGAUAUUCAUCUAGAGGACAGAGUCAGGGGGACACUGGGACCGGCCACUAAAGCUGAAUGCGAGAUCCUGAUGAUGGUUGGUCUACCUGGUAGUGGAAAAACCACCUGGGCCAUAAAACAUGCUAAAGAGAACCCUGACAAGAAGUACAACAUCCUGGGCACAAAUGCUAUCAUGGAGAAAAUGAAGGUCAUGGGACUUCGUCGUCAGCGCAACUAUGCCGGACGCUGGGACAUCCUUAUUCAGCAGGCCACGCAGUGUCUCAACAGGCUCAUCCAGAUUGCUGCCCGCAAGAAACGCAACUACAUCCUGGAUCAGGUACUGCCAUACUUGCCUUCCUCUGCGCUGUCCUCACAGCUAAAGCCCUUCCCCUUCCUUCUCAACCCUCCCCCCAAAAAAAACACAUCCACUUCUGCUCACUCAUGUACAGUCAGGGGUUUGUCAGCCAGCAAAGAAAACCCCUUCAGUGUGUUAGGUUAUUUUGAUCACCCUGUCUGGGUUUAUUUUGCAAUUAAUGAUCAGCUUGUACAUCUAUUCCAUAUUUCUUGUUCUACGUUGGUGGUUAGAUUCUGCCUACAAGUUGUUGAUAAUCACUCAACUAAUUCAUUAGGAUACAACCGUGGAGGCUACAACCAGAAUCGCUGGGGAAAUAACUACAGGGAUGGAGGCUCAGGAGGCCGUGGUGGAUACAACCGCACCCAGCAAUCUGGAGGCAGUUACAACCACAACCGCCAGGGCUCCUACAACAAGAGUAGCUCUGGAUCAACUGGAAGCUACAGCCAAGCACAGCCUCAGGCUUACAAUCAAGGCUACAACCAAGGCUACAACCAGAGCAACUACAACCAAGGGUACAACUAUGGCAACUACAGUCAAUACCCAGGAUACAGCCAGAGCUACAGUCAAACUCCCGCUCCCACAGGACAGACCUACAACGAGCAGCAGCAGAGCUAUAAUCAACAGUACCAGCAGUAUGCUCAGCAGUGGCAACAGUACUACCAGAACCAGAGCCAGUGGAACCAGUACUAUAACCAAUACGGCAAUUACGGCAACUACAACCAGCAGGGCAGCCAGGGCACCCAGGGAACACAGUAGUAGCAUCGCAGGUGUUUCAGACAGCCCAUUCCCUAAACAGCAUUCCUCAUGCCUUUUUUGUGUUACCCAGUCUUACCCUUUUUUGCCUGCUCUCUGUAAACGUUUAUUCGCUCCCUAUUUAUACCACUCUUAAAGGUAACCACAUUUGUGUGGCCCUCCAUUGCUCUGUUUGAGUUUUGGUGACAAGUAUCCCUUUUUUGCUCUUCUACUAAAUUUUUGUUUACAUACAGCUUGAUCUUUUUUUCCUCUGUGUACUUGUAGAUGAGAGGUUCGACAUUUGAAUUUAAUAAUGUGUGGUUUAGUCUGCUGCAAACAGCUCACACACUAUGAUGUGGAGAAAAAGGAGAAUUUAUUGAGAAAGCUUUGCACGCUUCGAUUUACAUCUGAUGUAUAGAGCGAGAGAGAGGCAAGGUGUUUCUGUGUUCCAUUAGUUUUACCACUGAUUUUUAUUUUUUUUGAUCUAGUAAGAUUAAAGAACCACAUUUUGCGGUAGAUGGUUAUGGGUAUUGUUCUGUAUAUGAUCAUAUGCCUGUAUGUACACAUCGAUGUAAGACCAUGUAACACUUUUGUCCAGGUACAUCAUAUUGGAAAUUUUAAUAACCUAAAUCUUGAAUAACAAUUUUCUGAUGUCUCAAGCCUGUGAAGGUUAGCAUUUUGCUUUUUAUAUAGCAUUUUUAAAAUACUCUGAUUGGUCUGAUGCACAUCUAUUCCCAUAUUGCAGAUUAGUAAUGAUCCAAACUAGUUCCUUGUGUGGAUAUGUUAUUACCUUGUGUCUUGUCUGUAAAGCAGUAUCUGCAUAUGGUUUUGUGUCAAAUCAAAACACAAUAUUUUGUAUUUGAGAAUAUAAUCAGAAGAAACA